AUGAACGUUUUGAAACCUUUUGUUCAGUCCAACGAGGCCGAAAUGCCAGUUUCUGAUACUAAACUCGGAGAGCUAUACAAUCCAGAUACUACGGCUAUGUUAGGCUCUUCGCGAUGCAGCUUUUCACCAGCAGAAUCACAGCAAGACUUUGAUAAAUUGCGUUACGUGUACGAUGACUACAUUGAAGGUGGUGCACUUCGUACUGGAGGUGCACCAGAUCUUUUCUCGCGAAAGUACAUUGGCCUCAUCGGACAAUACGCCGCGAUUGGAUUAAUUGACGGUGUGCUACCGAGUGUUAUCUACCCGUUCUUGCAGAACUAUCUCAACAUUCCAGGAUCACAAACCACCACAGCCAGCGUGCUAGUUCAAUUACCAUGGAGUUUUAAAGUUUUUUAUGGCAUUGUAUCGGACUGUUUUCCACUAUGGGGCUACCGUCGCCGGCCUUAUAUGGUCAUCGGUUGGAUGAUUUCGCUAGUCAUGCUCUUGGAAAUGGCGCUGACACCUGAGGGCAGGCCUUACUUUACAGACACACAGUACCGAAACGUAAAGCCAGAGGACUACACGUCCGAAAUCAUCGAGACGAUCAAUUAUGAUGCUGCUAGUCAGGGCAGCAUGUACAUCGUCCCAAUGAUGGGAUGUGUCUUUGGCUAUCUAAUGGCUGAUGUGUGUGCCGACGGCAUCGUGGUGGAACUGGCCCAGCGCGAACCGCUCGAGGUUCGAGGAAGAACGCAGACAGUGAUUUACACGACGCGCUAUACAUUCACUAUCAUUGCUCUUAUCCUGGUUGGCUUUUGCUUCAACGGUGACGAAUAUGGUGGUGACUUUGAUUUUUCGCUGCCGUUCCCGAUGUUGAUGUUGGUCGUGGCAUUUGUUAUCGGUCCAAUGGUUCCGAUCACGUGGCUUUUCAUUUACGAGGAAAAAUGUUCCAACCACCACAAGAGUUUUAAGCAUUACAUGCACGAGUUAUGGGAUAUUGUGCAGACUCGAGCCGUAUACCAGUACAUCGCGUAUCAAACCUUUUCGGGCAUCUUUGCAAUGUUCACGUGGGUAUCCAGCUAUCCUAUUCAGACCAACUGGAUAAAUGUUUCGCCUCUUGCAGAGAAGAUUGCCGGCUUCUUUACUACUGCCAUCUUCGCGUCAUCUGUCUGGUUUGGUGGAAACUAUGGUCGCGAUUGGGACUGGCGUCGUACGACCGUCGUGACCAUGGUGUGCAACGUAGCGCUCGAUAUGGUGCUGAAGCUAGUGACGAUUUGGGAUAUUACCCGUUCGCCUUGGUUUUGGCUCGGAAUUCCUCUUCUUCAGCAAAUUCCCCAGGGAAUAAUCUACAUUGUAGGGUCUUUCAUUAUCGUUGAGCUGUCCACCGAAGGGCAUGAGGGUGCAAUGUACGGCCUUCUCACAACGGUCUACAAUGUCUGUACUCCCUUCUCAGCUGCUAUCACACGAAAUGUUGCAGGUCAAUUUGAUUUGUCGACCGAGCGGAUCCAGAAUGACAGCUACGGUGUUAGAUACGACGUGACCGUCACAGUUUUGAUCAUGUGGGUGUUCAACUUGGCGUCGCUAUUAUUCUUGCUAAUGCUUCCUCGUCAAAAGGAGCAGACGCAGAUCAUGAAACGUUUGGGUGGUUCUAGCUACUUCAUGGGUAUCAUCACAACAGUCUAUUUAGUGUUCGCGCUUAUUUGGUCGGUUACGACGAAUAUCAUGAGUAUCUACGAAUCCACUGCGUGCCUAGUCAUUGCUGGUGGUGACGGUUGUAAGGAUUAG